AGAGCUAAUCAGGUUCUGGGGCGGGAGCAGGAGAGAAGGGGAGCAGUCUUUGCAGUCCGGGGACACCAAGCUCAUUUUCGGGGAGUUUGAGGCGCCCGGGCUGGAGGAGCAACCUAGUUUUCCAGGUCGCUGGGGGCCACACUCACGCACACAGCCAGGCCGCGGGGUUCCUGCCCCAGAAAGGGCCCUUCUCAUCCCAGGUCCGCGGAGGGGGAAAGGGUGGGACCCCCAAAUCCGCCUUCUUACGUGGCCAAUAAAAGGGUGAUUGCAGAGCUGGCGGGGGGGGGGCACCUUGCGUGCCUUGACAUUUGAAAAUCGCAGUCCAGGGAGGCAUCGAACGUGUGUUGCAUUCUCGCAGCGUCUAACGCACUUGGGGAUUUGUACGAUCUGGGAGGCCUGCGCCCCAAAUUGGGCGCCCCCCCCCCCCGGGUGGGGAGGGUCUCGGGUCACAGCACGGGGCUUCUGCCCAGUUUCCUGCCUCGGAGUCCGUGUCCGCCCCGGCCCCGAGCAGUUUGUGCAAUUUAGAAACUCGAUAGGAGGCAGCAGCUGAUCUCCUACCAGCCUAAAAAUAAUUCACUCCGGCGGCGCACACUGCGUGCUUCGACCAGGGGAAGAAAACUCUGUCAUCCGAGAGCUAUGUGUCCUGGUUUGAGAUUUACAUCCUAAGACAGUGUAGAAAUUCGUGUUUCGAAGGUAGCACAACUAACUGUACCCGUAGGGGUUUGAAGCAUCGUGGAGCCCAAGAAUAAAUUAUAUAAGAAAAAAUGAGUCUCUCAUUUUGUGGUAACAACAUCUCUUCAUACAAUAUCUACGGUGGUGUGUUACAAAAUCCUUGCUUUGUGGAUGCCCUCAACUUGGUACCUCAUGUCUUCCUGUUGUUUAUCACUUUUCCCAUAUUGUUUAUUGGGUGGGGGAGCCAAAGCUCAAAAGUGCAAAUUCAUCACAAUACCUGGCUUCAUUUUCCUGGACAUAACCUGAGAUGGAUUCUUACCUUUGCUCUCCUGUUUGUGCAUGUUUGUGAAAUAGCGGAAGGCAUUGUCUCAGAUUCACGGCGGGAAUCCAGGCAUCUACACCUCUUCAUGCCGGCUGUCAUGGGGUUUGUUGCCACUACUACAUCCAUAGUAUAUUAUCAUAACAUUGAAACAUCAAAUUUCCCUAAAUUACUCUUAGCUUUAUUCCUAUAUUGGGUAAUGGCCUUUAUAACAAAAACAAUAAAACUGGUCAAAUACUGGCAGUUGGGAUUGGACAUAUCAAACCUGCGUUUCUGCAUCACAGGCAUGAUGGUGAUCUUGAACGGGCUCCUGAUGGCUGUGGAGAUCAAUGUCAUUCGAGUCAGAAGAUAUGUAUUCUUCAUGAAUCCUCAAAAAGUAAAGCCUCCUGAAGACCUCCAGGAUCUGGGUGUGAGAUUCCUUCAACCAUUUGUGAAUUUACUGUCAAAAGCAACGUACUGGUGGAUGAACACACUCAUCAUUUCCGCUCAUAGGAAGCCUAUUGAUCUGAAGGCAAUUGGAAAAUUGCCCAUAGCAAUGAGGGCGGUAACAAAUUAUGUUUGCCUGAAAGAUGCAUAUGAAGAACAAAAGAAAAAAGCAGCCGAUCACCCUAAUAGGACUCCAUCUAUAUGGCUUGCGAUGUACAGAGCUUUUGGGAGACCUAUCUUACUGAGCAGCACAUUUCGUUACUUAGCCGACUUGCUGGGUUUUGCUGGACCUCUCUGUAUUUCUGGAAUAGUUCAACGUGUGAAUGAAACGCAGAACGGGGCAAAUAAAACAACAGGAAUUUCAGAAACCCUCUCGUCAAAAGAAUUUCUGGAAAAUGCUUAUGUUCUAGCCGUUCUUCUCUUCCUCGCCCUUAUUCUACAAAGGACAUUUUUGCAGGCUUCCUACUAUGUAACCAUAGAGACUGGCAUUAACCUCCGCGGAGCUCUUCUGGCCAUGAUAUACAAUAAAAUCCUUAGGCUCUCUACAUCUAACUUAUCAAUGGGUGAGAUGACCCUGGGACAGAUCAACAACUUGGUCGCCAUUGAAACCAAUCAACUCAUGUGGUUCUUAUUCCUGUGUCCCAAUCUGUGGGCUAUGCCUGUUCAGAUCAUCAUGGGGGUGAUUCUGCUCUAUAAUUUACUUGGAUCAAGUGCAUUGGUUGGUGCAGCUGUCAUUGUGCUGCUCGCGCCAAUUCAAUACUUCAUCGCUACAAAGUUGGCAGAAGCUCAAAAGAGCACUCUUGAUUAUUCUACUGAGAGACUGAAGAAAACAAAUGAAAUAUUGAAAGGCAUCAAACUUCUAAAGUUAUAUGCCUGGGAACAUAUUUUCUGCAAAAGUGUGGAAGAAACGAGAAUGAAAGAAUUAUCGAGUCUCAAGACCUUUGCACUUUAUACCUCACUCUCCAUCUUCAUGAAUGCAGCAAUUCCCAUAGCAGCUGUUCUUGCUACAUUUGUGACCCAUGCUUAUGCCAGCGGCCACCACCUCAAGCCUGCAGAGGCCUUUGCCUCCCUGUCUCUGUUCCACAUCCUUGUCACCCCACUGUUCCUGCUCUCCACAGUGGUCAGGUUUGCGGUCAAAGCCAUCGUAAGCGUUCAAAAGCUGAAUGAGUUUCUCCUGAGUGACGAGAUAGGUGAUGACAGCUGGCGGACUGGUGACGGUUCUCUUCCUUUCGAGUCAUGUAAGAAACACUCAGGAGUUCCAAAAACUAUAAACAGGAAACAGCCUGGAAGAUACCACCUGGACAGCUAUGAACAAUCAACACGACGUCUUCGUCCCACAGAGACAGAAGAUAUUGCAAUAAAGGUCACAAAUGGAUACUUUUCAUGGGGCAGUGGUUUAGCUACACUAUCCAAUAUCGACAUCCGAAUUCCUACAGGUCAGCUAACCAUGAUCGUGGGUCAGGUAGGAUGUGGGAAAUCCUCCCUUCUCCUUGCCAUCCUUGGUGAGAUGCAGACACUGGAAGGAAAAGUUCACUGGAGCAAUGUAAAUGAAUCUGAGCCUUCUUUUGAAGCAACCAGAAGUAGGAACAGGUAUUCCGUGGCUUAUGCAGCUCAAAAGCCUUGGCUACUAAAUGCUACAGUAGAAGAAAAUAUUACCUUUGGAAGUCCUUUCAACAGACAAAGGUACAAAGCUGUCACGGAUGCCUGUUCUCUUCAGCCAGACAUUGACCUGUUACCAUUUGGAGACCAAACUGAAAUUGGAGAGAGGGGCAUCAACCUGAGCGGGGGACAAAGGCAGAGAAUAUGUGUGGCCCGGGCACUCUAUCAAAACACCAACAUUGUCUUCUUGGAUGACCCAUUCUCUGCCCUGGACAUCCACUUGAGUGAUCAUUUAAUGCAGGAAGGGAUUUUGAAAUUUCUCCAAGAUGACAAAAGGACACUUGUUCUCGUGACUCACAAGUUACAGUAUCUGACACACGCUGACUGGAUCAUAGCCAUGAAAGAUGGAAGUGUCCUAAGGGAAGGGACUUUGAAAGACAUUCAAACCAAAGAUGUUGAGCUGUACGAACACUGGAAAACACUUAUGAAUCGGCAAGAUCAGGAAUUAGAAAAGGAUAUGGAAGCUGACCAAACAACCUUAGAGAGGAAAACUCUCCGAAGAGCCAUGUAUUCCAGAGAGGCCAAAGCCCAAAUGGAAGAUGAAGAUGAAGAGGAAGAAGAAGAGGAAGAUGAAGAUGAUGACAUGUCAACUGUGAUGAGGCUCAGGACUAAAAUGCCGUGGAAAACCUGUUGGUGGUACCUUACUUCUGGAGGAUUCUUCUUACUCUUCCUAAUGAUUUUCUCUAAGCUUUUGAAGCAUUCAGUUAUUGUAGCUAUAGACUAUUGGCUGGCUACAUGGACAUCUGAGUACAGUAUAAACAAUACUGGAAAAACUGAUCAGACCUUCUAUGUGGCUGUAUUUAGCAUCCUUUGCGGAGCAGGUAUUUUCCUUUGUCUCGUCACAUCUCUCACUGUAGAAUGGAUGGGUCUCACAGCUGCCAAAAAUCUUCACCAUAAUCUUCUCAAGAAGAUCAUUCUCGGACCAAUAAGGUUCUUUGAUACUACACCCCUGGGACUAAUUCUCAACCGCUUUUCAGCAGAUACUAAUAUCAUUGACCAGCACAUCCCUCCGACUCUGGAAUCCCUAACCCGCUCCACGCUGCUCUGCCUGUCUGCCGUCGGGAUGAUCUCCUACGCCACUCCUGUGUUCCUGGUUGCUCUUGUGCCUCUUGGUGUUGCUUUUUAUUUCAUCCAGAAAUACUUCCGAGUUGCCUCUAAGGACCUCCAGGAACUUGAUGAUAGUACCCAGCUCCCUCUGCUUUGCCAUUUCUCAGAAACAGCUGAGGGACUCACCACCAUCCGGGCCUUCAGGCAUGAAACCAGAUUUAAGCAACGUAUGCUGGAACUGACAGACACAAACAACAUUGCCUACUUAUUUCUCUCAGCUGCCAACAGAUGGCUAGAGGUCAGGACGGAUUAUCUGGGAGCUUGCAUCGUCCUCACCGCAUCUAUUGCCUCUAUUAGUGGAUCUUCCAAUUCUGGAUUGGUGGGUUUGGGGCUUCUGUAUGCACUUACAAUAACCAACUAUUUGAAUUGGGUUGUGAGGAACUUGGCUGACCUGGAGGUCCAGAUGGGCGCAGUGAAGAAGGUGAACAGUUUCUUGACCAUGGAGUCUGAGAACUAUGAAGGCACCAUAGAUCCUUCUCAGGUUCCAGAACAUUGGCCACAGGAAGGAGAGAUCAAGAUUCAUGAUCUUUGUGUCCGAUAUGAGAACAAUCUGAAGCCUGUUCUUAAACACGUCAAGGCUUACAUAAAACCUGGGCAAAAGGUGGGCAUAUGUGGACGCACUGGCAGUGGGAAGUCAUCCUUAUCUCUGGCUUUCUUCAGAAUGGUCGAUAUAUUUGAUGGAAAGAUUGUCAUUGAUGGAAUAGACAUUUCUAAACUACCACUGCACACACUCCGUUCUAGAUUGUCAAUCAUUCUACAGGAUCCAAUUCUGUUCAGUGGUUCUAUUAGAUUUAAUUUAGAUCCAGAGUGCAAAUGCACAGAUGACAGACUCUGGGAAGCUCUAGAAAUUGCCCAGCUGAAGAAUAUGGUCAAAUCUCUAACUGGAGGUCUAGAUGCAGUUGUCACAGAAGGUGGGGAGAAUUUUAGUGUUGGCCAGAGACAGCUGUUUUGCCUUGCCAGGGCCUUCGUGCGCAAGAGCAGUAUUCUCAUUAUGGACGAAGCCACAGCUUCCAUUGACAUGGCCACGGAAAACAUCUUGCAGAAAGUGGUAAUGACAGCCUUUGCAGAUCGCACCGUUGUGACCAUAGCUCACCGUGUCUCCUCUAUUACAGAUGCAGAUCUUGUUUUAGUCUUUUCUGAGGGUAUUUUAGUGGAGUGUGAUACGGGUCCAAACUUGCUCACCCACAAGAAUGGCCUCUUUUCUACUUUGGUGAUGACCCACAAGUAGACCAUCAGAUCUCCUCUGUGAAGUAUCUGCUCUCUGCAUCGAGUUCACACCAUUCUGACUGCAGACCUGGUUAUUGUGAUGAAACGAGGAAAUAUUUUAGAGUAUGACACUCCAGAAAGCCUGCUGGCCCAAGAAGAUGGGGUCUUUGCUUCUUUCGUUCGCGCAGACAUGUGAAGGAGUGUCUCAAAAUGAUACAUGUAUUUUAAAUAAUGCAGCCAUAAUCCACUUAAUGGAUCAUCAUCAGACCUUUAUAGGGUGGCAUCUUAAACUUCUGCAAAUUUUUUUACAAGUUAACAUUUCUUUUUCCUGCUUUAGUUUAACUGUUUUCCAAGGCAGAACUGCUCAAUGUGUUCAUUGCUGAUGGUUUCCUAAUGAUCAAGUCACUUUACCUUUAAGAACAGCAGGUCAUAUUAAAACACGGGAGCUACUUUAAGUGGUAAAUCAACAGCGUAUGUUUUCAUGUCUCUAAGUCUAGUAAGUACCUCUCACGUAUGGAAGUUGCAGUAAGUCGUCAGUAUUAUUACACUCCUAUUUGUAAGAAUAAAUUUUCCUUAUUAGAGUCUCCAAAUGUCAUUGGAAGAGAAUAAAAAAAGAACAUGUUUUCUCAUGAAACACUUAAAUUCAAUAUCUACUUUAUGAGAAUGGUCUCUGUAUUUGUUUAACAACAGUAAUAAUGACUUUCUUAGCUGUCUCUUUUUCUCCCCUCUAAAUUGUUUCCUGUCACCGAGAAGUUAGCACAUUUAGAAGUUCUACAAUGCCAACGCCUUAACUAGAAAGAUCAUGAAAAGAGUUGGAUAUUUGAAAAAUUAUACUGCUUUCCAUUUUUUUCUCUGUUCAGUAAGGAGAAAGUUCAUAAGAUAUCAGGUAUCAUGUGCCUUUUCCCAAUUGAAAUAAUUUUGAAAGAGUGAUUAGCUUUGAUCCUUCAGUGGUAGGCCAAUUAACAUUUCCAUAGUUUAGUCCUCACUAGCUGUAGUUAUGAUUCUAAAUUCUAAAUGUCACAUUAUUUAGGACUCAAAAAAAUAGGCAAAUGGCCUUAUUUAACUGUAGACAAUCAUGGCAGGUAACCAUUUCUCCAAAGUACUAGACACUCCCUCUGAAAUAGCUCUAUGUAAAGGUGGAAAUAUCUCACACUUUGAUACAUAUACAUAUAGUGCCUAUUUGUAGGUGGAAGAGUUUACUUCCAUUUAUUCCUGCUCUAAUAUUAAUAUGUAUAUAAAAAGUACAUAAAAAUUGGUAGGAUAUUACUGUUGUAUUUUUCUUAAAUGUGAAUUAAUAAAUUUUAAAUUACCAAAGGUAAAAAAAUUACCAAAGAUUACCUUUUAUUGUCAUGCUAGCAACCAUAGCUGCUACAAAUCUAUGCCUAUUCAGUAUUAAUCUUAUUGAUUUUCAUAUGAAGAUCUCUAUGUUAUAAGAUCUUGAAGACUUAUCAUUGAUGGGAAAAGAGAAAUAAUGUUCCCAUUCCAUAGUUCUUGUGUUCAGUUUAUUGUGUUGUCUAUUCACUCUCCAAAUUUAUUAUACUUGUGUAUCAGAAUAUAUCAGUAUGCCUUCACUUGAGUAUAAAACACUAAUGUUAUAAAAAUAAGUUCCACAAGGAUGGACAAAAAUGAUCUAUGUUAUUUAGCCCUUGUUGUAUAUAUAAAUUACCACCCUUUGUUGCAUAUUAAAAAAACACUGGAAAAAAUAAUACUGUUUUUUCUGAAAGCAAAGCAGAAUAGAAUUGGUACCCAUAAAUUCAAUCUUUAAAAAUAUUUUCUAAAAUUUCAACUGGUCUAAAAUAUUGCUAGUGUGAAAAUGUUUUGUAGGGCUGUGUAUACAUGAUGCUUAUUACCAAGUUAUACCUUAUUCUUUCAGAGAAAUAGUUUUUUUAACUCAUAGAAAUAAUCCCUUAUUAUAUUUCCACAUUGUACUGCUAUAUAACCAGUGUCAGUAGUGGCUAACCUAAUUACAUCAAAUCAAAAAUCAUAGUUCCCCAACUGGCUAUUGGACCCCUCAUAACUUUUAAUACUUAAGUUGAGUAAAUAUUUGAUUAUUUUCAAAAUUAAAUUGACGAAUAAGUCAGGGAUUGUGCCUUUAAUCAAUUAAUCAUUUAUUUUAUAUGUAUUAUCCAUUGACUAUUGAAAUGACUUGUCUUAAAAUAACAUUCUACUAUAUAGGUACAUAUCUAUAAAACACUAGCUUAACCAUAUCAAAUUUUACAUUUACUCAUUUUACAUGUAACUAACCAAAUGAAUUUUAGAAAUUUUAAUUCAUUAAUAUUUGUAAAAAGCAAUAAAUGCAUCAAGCUUUAUGUUAAAAUCACAAGGUGACUAUUGUCGUUGAGAAAGAAAAUGUGUUUUUCUUAAAGUAUUAUGCACCUUCCAGUUUUGUAUUGUUCCUCAUGAUCCAUUUAGCUCUAGAAGACUCUUCUAAGUAGCUGGUACUUGAGAUCUGGGACCAUGUCUUGUUUGCUUUUAUGCCUUUGGGACUGAGUACAAGUGCCUAGCCCACAGGUAGGCUCUAAUAAAUAUAGUUGACUGAUCCAUUGAUAUACCAUAUACAUAUAACUAUGGGUAUUCACUUCACUUUUCUGUGUUGUAUUUAUUCUGCUAUUUAUUCUCUAUGAUAUAUAAAACAUGCUUAUUUUCUAAAAUAUAUGAAAACUUAUUGCCUUGCAUUACAUAAUAAAUUACUCCUUUUGUUAACUCGA